AUGGCGAGCCGGCCGGCGGUGCCCGCUGCUGGGCUCCGGUGCCCGGGGGCGCCGCUGCUGGUGGUGGUGAUGGCCCUGCUGGGGGCUUCGUGGGGGCAGCCGGUCUCCUUCCAGGUCGACGUGAACGGCUACAGCUUGCACCCGCCUUACUUCAACCUGGCCGAGGGCACCAAGAUCUCGGCCACCGCGACCUGCGGCGAGGAAGAAGCCGGCGGCCGGAGCCCCCCGCGCCCGGUGGAGGAUCUGUAUUGCAAACUCGUGGGAGGGCCGGUCUCCGGAGGGGAGCCCAACCAGACCAUCCAGGGACAGUAUUGUGACAUCUGUUCUUCAGCCAAUAGCAACAAAGCCCAUCCCAUCACCAAUGCUAUCGACGGGACCGAACGCUGGUGGCAGAGUCCCCCUCUCUCUCGGAGGUUGGAAUUCAAUGAGGUCAACGUCACAUUAGAUUUGGGACAGCUGUUCCAUGUGGCCUAUGUACUGAUCAAGUUUGCAAAUUCCCCCCGUCCAGACCUGUGGGUACUUGAGCGGUCAACUGAUUUCGGAGUUACCUAUGAUCCUUGGCAGUACUUUGCCUCUUCCAGGAGAGAUUGCUUAGAGAAAUUUGGCCUGAAGAGCACAGAGAAGAUUACCAAAGAUGAUGAUGUUAUUUGUACCACUGAAUAUUCCCGCAUUGUGCCCUUGGAAAACGGGGAGAUUGUCGUUUCCUUGGUGAAUGGGCGUCCAGGAGCCAUGAAUUUCUCGUAUUCGCCUCUUCUGCGGAAUUUCACCAAAGCGACGAAUAUUCGGUUGCGCUUCUUGAGAACCAACACUCUGCUUGGACACCUGAUGGGGAAGGCCUUGAGGGAUCCCACGGUGACCAGGAGG